GAAUUGGCGGCCAUUUUUAAAUAAAUGAUGAAAUUUAAAUAUCAGCCAAAAUUAACAGAUAAGAUUUUUGUGAACGCCAGCCUAUUUUCGUUUGCAACUCUGUGUCUGGGAGGCAGCUGCUAGAACAUAUGUGUUACAGCUGUUCGGUUAAACUUUUCCAAAGUGAUUUUUGUUUGGGCUGGUUCAAGCAUAUCUUUGCCAAUUGAAAAUAAACAAUUACAAAUAAAAUAUUAAAUAAAAGUAAACAAAUUUGUAAGCACAAACAACAAUGAGUUCCAAAGAUAAGGAAUUAUCCAAAUCCAAGUUUAAAUCAUUUCUAAAAAAUGCCAAAAAUCCACCAGGCACCAACGACAGAUGCCUAAGGCCAGAAAUAGAAUGGGAACUACGACCCGAACAACCGGUGGCUCAAAGAUGUAAGAUUUUAAAAGAUCUAAGUGAGGUGCAUUUGCAGUCCUGCAAUCUGGAUGAGAACACUAUUGUAAAACUUUGGGAUGUUACUAAGGAUUUACUAGUACCCACCAAAUCCUCUGAAUGCCGUCAGACUGCCUUGACUUUCUACAAAAAACUUAUACAUACCCAAUAUAAGACACUAACUUAUAUGCGAGAACAAUUCUUUUUGGUCAUACAAAAUCAUGAAGUACCCGAGGAUCUUAAGCAUAGAUUGGAAUUGCUGGAAACUUUAACGGAAAAUGGCAAAGAUAUUAAGAAUCUAGAGGAAAAGAUUGGCCGCUUUAUGUUGCAGUGGCUGGGUGCCAUUCAUCAAGCUAAUCUUUUGGUUCCCUAUUUAAAUAUGCUGGUCAAUUUGAUAAAGUUCAAUGCCGCUCAUUUGGAUAAUGAAAUUAUUAUUGGAAUAGUAACCAAUGCCUGCAAUUUAAGCUGCUCCGUUUCGGAUGAGGUCAUUGGUAUACAAUGUCUAUCUAUAUUGGAAAUGGUUAUGAGUUAUACCAUUUUCCCCAGUGAUCCUUUGCCUCAAUUUGUUUUUACUUUAUGCCGAACUGUCAAUAUACCACCUUAUUGUCAAGCAUCAUGGAAGAUCAUGAAAAAUCUCUUGGGCACUGAGUUGGGUUAUCAUUCGAUGAAAAUGAUGUGUAACAUUCUAAAUGAUCGUACCCUCGAUGAAGAUAAUUUUCUGCUAAGAGGUGCAGUUUUUCAUCUAAAUAUGAAUAUUUUUGGAGCGCCCAUGGUCUUUCAAGUUUCACCUCUGUUUUAUGCCUCCAUGGUUCUAAACAGUUUUCUAAGGGCUCUGGAUAGUCGUCAUGUUAGUGUCACUUAUGAGGUUAUAAUUGGCAUUUACAUAGUUAUAACUAAAUAUAAAUCGGAACUACCCGAAAUUAUAUGGGAUCGUAUAUGUGAUAUAAUGUCAGCAAUUGUGGAUAAUAUAGAAUAUUAUGAGAGUUUCUCCACCACCACUGAUAGUUUGUUACAACUUAAAAAUUUACAUGAGAAUAUAUCGUUCAUUGAGAAACUAUUGGAGGAUGAUAAAACUAAAAUUCUGGCCAAUUAUGAACGUAUUUAUGAUUUAAUUGAACGCGUAGCUGAAAGUAGACCCGAAUCUUCGGUCUUACUUUUAAUCGAUUAUAGAUCUUCAAAGAUAACAGCUACCCGACCAGAAUGGUUACUAUUGCUUAAUACUUUUGUACAACGUUUCUAUAAAAUGUCAAAUACACCCAUACGCAUAAAGGUUAUACAGUCUCUGGUCAAUAUAAUGGAUUUAAAUCGUUCCUGCUAUGAAGAGGAAAUUUUAGAACGUGUGGUUAUUCCUUUGUUUACCCACGUUUGCAAUGAGACAGAUGUCCAGCUAAGGAGAGCAGUAGCUGAUGCUUUAAUUGAUUUCACACGCCAUUGUGAUACCAAACGUUGUGGUGAAUUAUUGGAUAUUUUAGAAAAGAUCAUUAAUCGUCCCUAUGAAAUGCACAAACAAUAUGGUACCGAUAUUAAGACAGAACAAGAAAUACAAGAUGUUAUAACUGCUGUGGAUGGUUUAAUAGAGGUGUUUGUUAUCAAACUCUAUCGUUUGCCCUCAUGUCAUGCCAUUAAAAUAUUCAAUAUAUUAGUGGGUCACCUGGAGUUGCAUUAUCAAUAUCCCAAAGUGUUUGAACAAGUUAAUAUUGUGAGAUAUAAGAUCUUUUGCUGGAUGCUAAGGGCCCGUGCUAAUGCUUCUUAUCAUAUUGGUUAUCCUGAUCCUACUAAUAAUGAUAACAUCAAGUUUAGCUAUUAUUUGGGCAUAGAUUCUAAUUUGCCAGUCCAUGAUAUAAGUCAUCAUCAUCAACGUCAUUCGAUUAUGUCGCAGUCUAAUCAUGAUGUUGUGCCAAAUGCUCAUUUUACUACGAUUUCCAUAAAGAGAGCUUGUGAAACGAUUGUCAAGUGUUUGGAAAAAGAUAGAGAUUUUCAAAUCUUCCAAUUGGUCAUCAAAGAACUUCCCAAGGUCAUGCAAAAUAAGGCCCUAAUACAAGGCAAUGAUAUCGAGUCUCUAGCUGCUGCACUUUUUAAAACUAUAUCCGAAAGUAAUAAAGCUCUUCAUGUAGUCUACAAGUGUACCAUAGAUGAAUUGAACUCUCUAGUACUACCCGCCAUAGCGGGUCUCGUUAUCUAUCAUCAAUAUCUACAGCCCUCUAAUCAAUAUAAAAUCAUAGAAGUUUUAAAAAUGGGCAUAUCCAAUAUAGGCAGUGGUAUAGCCACUAUAGCUACUAUUUGCAUAAAUACCAUGACUACCAUCAUAUUGGAAAUGCCCGAGGCAUUAAUGCGUAAGUUACCGGAUAUUUUGUUGCAAAUGUCAAAAAUGUCUGAUACACCUACGGUGGCCAUACCGGUAUUGGAUUUUUUAUCGAUACUUAGCCGCUUAUCCAAUGAUUUGUGCACCAAUUUUACUUCACGCCAGUAUAUGUAUGUUUUUGCCAUCUCUUUGCCCUAUACGAAACCUCGACGUUAUCAUCAUUAUGUCGUUUCUUUGGCUCAUCAUGUUAUUGCUGGUUGGUUUUUGAAAUGUAUGGAGUUGAGAAGAAAUUGUGUUAAUUACAUAAUAAAUUCCAUUCAAUCCAAUGCUAGCAUGCUGUACGAGGACAUCAAUAAUUUACACGCAAUGUACAAAUUCAAGAUUUUCCAAAGUUUAAAUGAAGACUCAUCGAAUCGUAAACGUAGUACUAGUUUAACCGAACGUGGUAGUCGUAAUACAGCGGCUGCAACGGCCCGUAAUCAUACGGAAAUGCGUCCUCUAAUGAAUGAAGGUUUGAAAUCUUUCCAUGCUGAAUUGGCAGAGACUUGUAUUGAUUUCUUGGCUCGUCAUACUUUUUCGCCAUGUUCGGCUUUGCCGAAAAGACUUCCCGCUGUGGAAUAUCUUCUCAAAGAUGGCCACUCUCAAACCUGGUUAGUUGGCCAUAAUCUGGUAACCAUAACCACCUCGGGUUGUCCCUCAGGCCCAACACGUAAUGGCCUUUGCGAUCGUUGCGCUCAGCUGGGUAAAGCUUACACUUUAAGUCCUAAAAAUAGCACUGACACUAAUCCCGGUACAACACCCAUUUCGCCGGAAAUUAAUCACACCCAAGGUGCUCCAACCUAUGAACAUCGUUAUACCAAAGUCUCUUUGCAGCACAGCAGUGGUAAUGAAGUCGGCUGGUAGCACAGAUUUACCUCAUCCUCUUCUUCGACCUCACACACUACACAAAGACAAACUUCCAAUAGUUCAACCGCUUCUUUAGAAGCUUUAUCGCGACGAGGUUCUAACCCAGAGGCCGGUAGUACAGAUUUGGGUGUAGGCAGCACUGCGGGUGGGGUAGGAGGUGGUAGUUGUACUUCUUUGUUGGGCAAUUCCUUGUCUUCCUCUAGCGUGUGUGCCUCUCCGAUAUGUGUGCGUUCCUGCACUGCCUGGGCGGAGAUUUUAAUAAGACGUCCUACUGGUAACAUUUCCUGGAUAACACGCAUACAAAAUCCUUUAUCGAAUGAUUGUUUUGGCUAUGAUGUACCCUUUAGUAGCAUGGUUUCGCUAUUCUUGCCCACUCAACAUGGUGGAGUAUUUGGUCCGGAUUUCUUGCAACCAGAAAAUUUGGAAGAAAUUAAUGCAGUGUCCAAAGAAAUCAAGGAAACCGUACAGAAUGAAACUCUUAAACAUGAACUAAGCAUGACUAAGUCUUUGGAAGAAAGACCUAAAACAGUGUCCAAAACUAGAGCCUUACAAAGACAAGAGGAAAUAUCUUCCUCGGCCCAAGCAGUGGCUGGUACCCAAGCCAUAGAUAUACCCAAAAUGACAGCAGCUGGAAAACGUGGUAAAGAAGCCUUAUGCGGCAGUGUUAGUGAUGGUGAGGCCGAUGAGGAAUAUUUGGCCAUUGAAGGAGGACAAAUGCGUGCUAGAAAACCGGUAAGAAGGGUAAACUCCAGUCCAGAAAUGUCUUCUAGCUGGCGCAAUACUUUCCUAAUGAAUAAACCAGCGCCCUUAUCACAAGAAACGGCAGGAGCAACUGAACUUUCCAACGAAUCCGAAUUGCCAGCACAACAUCAGCAGCAAUUGCAACAGCAAAAGAAGAAAAGUGUACAAUACAGCAAGGUAAGCUGUGAGGCCAUACCAGAGGAAAUAGCCGGUUCCACACCACCACAACAAAGCAACAAAUCUGAUGCAACACUUAAAGCACCCGAAACUUUAACAUUGCCACCCAAACAAUUAUCGGCAGAUGAUGUUAGCCAGAAAUCUGCUACUACACAGCCCCUAGUGCAACAAUCUGCCUCAGCCACUUCAUUGAAAUCUACCGGCACUGGCGCACAAGGAGAAGAGAAAAUAGUGGCCAAGCCUCCUUUAUCACCAGCACCACAACAUUCACCACGCAUGGAGAAACAACAUGCUCCAGCCAUUAAAUCCACUUCUUUUGGUUAUCAUCAGGGACUAGCCAAAUCCAGCAGUGGUGGCAACAAUUCCAAUAUGUCCUCCUCCCAAGGAGGACCUAAUCAAAAUAAUGAUUACAACAAUGGAGAAAUGCGUGGACGCUCCAAAACCAUUUCCGUGGUAAGAGAAGUUAAUAAUGGUAAAUCCCGACCACCCACUACAGCCUUCUCUCGUUUUGGUGCCACUAAACCACAACUUAAUACCAAACUCUGCAUGAAUCCCAGUUUUGUAUUCAUGCAGCUAUAUCACACUGGACAAAUGCAGGUUACCGAUGUGCCUAUUAAAGUGCCACCAGAACAAAUGAGUGCAGUUAACCUGCUGGAUUUGGCACCACCCUUUGAAACUCACAAUAUAGGCGUUUUAUAUGUAGGCCAGGGUCAGUGCAAUAAUGUCGUGGAGAUUUUGCGCAACUCACAUGGCAGUACCAGAUAUGUGGAAUUCUUGCGCAGUAUUGGCACUUUGGUUAGUUUGAAAGAAGCGGCGCAAAAUAAUUUGUUUGUGACCUUGGCCACAGAUGGGGCAGAUGGUAAAUUUACCUAUAUAUGGAAAGAUGAUAUUGUACAGGUAACCUUUCAUGUGGCCACUUUAAUGCCUACCAAACUUAACAGUGAUCCCAAUUGUAAUGAGAAAAAGAAACACAUUGGCAACGAUUAUGUUAAUAUAGUAUACAACGAAAGUGGAGAGGAAUAUAAUCUUAAUACAAUAUCGGGUCAAUUCAGUUAUGCCUGUGUUAUUGUAGAGCCUUUGGAGUUAAACACCAAUCGUAUUUAUGUUAAGGCUCGUCCCGAAAUAGCUGAUUUUGUUUGUCAUCCCGGACCGAAAAUUGUGUCCGAUAAAAGUGCUCCUCUAUUAGCCCGGCAAUUGGCUUUGCACGCUAAUCUGGCUUCAAAUGUUUAUCAAAGUUUACAAAAGAAAAAUCCCUAUGCUUCCAACUGGUUGGAACGUCUACGCAGCAUUAAACGUUUACGCACUAAGCUACUCGAAAAUCAAAAUCGUGGCAGUUCUACCGCUGCCAAUGCCGAUAUUGACGAUAAACAAAAUACAAAUCGCGAUUUUUCGAAAUACACUUAAGUUUUUUUUCGCGUUUUUUUUUUUAUAAUUUUAUUUAAAUUGUGUUUAAGCGAGUUCGCUUUUUUCCAAAUUAAACGUUGCCGCUUUUUUGUUAAGUAGAUUUUAAGGUAAAAUAAUCGUAACGAUAUAUAAACACGUAUUUAACGAAUAAAUAAAAAAACGCUUUGUAGCUUUCUU